UGUGUUCAUCGGUGAUUAACACUAUUCUUGAAAUACAGAUACAGAACAACUAAACACUGGGGCUGACUGUCUGGAUGAAUAAGAGCCUAUUACGGAAGACUGCGCAUUUUCAACAAAGACCCCCGCCUCCGAAGACCAGUUCGUGCAUGUAGAACAGAUUAUGGAUGGUUGUCCGAACCACCAAGAGCCCGCAACCGAGGACCAGAUCGUGCAUGGAGAACAAAUAAUGGAUGGUUGUCCGAACCACCAAAAGCCCGCAACCGAGGACCAGAUCGUGCAUGGAGAACAAACUAUGGAUGGUUGUCCGAACCACCAAGAGCCCGCCUCUGAAGACCAGAUCGUGGAAAUGGAUAUCAGCCACAACAGGCUCCUCUACACCGUAGACAAGCCUCCUUCACCUGUGUUAUGGCCCAUCUAUGGAAUUCAGCAGGCGCUGCUUGUCAUAGUCGGGGCUUUAGCUGCUGCUGUGUUGAUAACCAAUCGAAUUGGAGCUGAUGAGCUACCGGAAGUGAGGUCAGAGAUGCUGAGUCUGUGCUUGUUCACAUCCGGGUUGGCCAGCCUGUUGCAGAUAUGUUUUGGAUGUAGACUCCCACUUGUCCAGGGAUCCAACAGUGGCUUCAUCAUAGCUAUCACUGCCACCCUGAGUGACCCGAAAUGGUCAGAUGAGUCACUGCAGGAACAUGUGGAAGGAAACGGGACAUCUCCUUGGAAGAUUCGGCUGAGAGAGAUCCAGGGUAACCUGAUGUUGGCAUCUGGAACUCAGUUUCUUCUUGGCAUCUCGGGAAUCCUUGGAUUCAUAAUGAAGUUCAUCGGGCCGCUGACAGUAGCGCCAUGUGUGACAACCAUUGGGGUGACGCUCUGUGGGUACAUGAUACCACUGUGCGAACAACACUGGGGCAUCGCCAGCAUGUCAAUACUUCUCAUCCUGCUGUUUUCGCUGUUUCUCGUCAAAGUGAAACUUCCGUUUCCAGCGUGUAAUGGAGAGAAGAAGUGCCACGUUAUUCGGUACCCGUUGUUUCAGCUCAAUGCGAUGCUUUUAGCAAUGGCUGCAUCCUUCAUCGUAUGUCACGUGCUGACUGUGACAGACAUGUUGCCUAGAAACUCAACCAUUCAUGGUCACAUGGCUAGAACAGAUGUCCGAAUGAGCGCCCUCCAAGACGCAGGAUGGUUUUACAUUCCUUUACCAUUUAAAUAUGGGCCACCAACUAUCAGCGGCUCGGGCUAUGUGUCCAUGCUAACUAUCACCAUGAUAGUUGUGAUUCAACUUCCUGGCAUCUAUCAAACAGUUGCUCUUGGAACAGAAGUUCCUCCCCCACCCUCUCACGCCAUCAACAGAGGUUUGGCAGUGGACGGGUUGUCUGGUGCUGUCAGCGGAAUGCUAGGGGGAGUGUGUGCAAGUGUUGUGUUCGUAGAGAGCCUUGGCGUUAUCGCUGUCACAAAGGUGGCCAGCCGAGCUGUGUUCGUGACGGCUGCCUUCCUCACCAUCCUAAUGGGCAUCAUUGGCAAGUUCGGAGCGCUCUUUUCUCUAAUUCCCGACCCUGUGAUUGGUGGAUUUGGCUUGGUGACAAUGAGCAUGGUAAUUGCCGUAGGCGUGUCCAUGUUCCGAUUGGUGAAUCUCUCAUCCUCCCGGAAUCUGAUGAUCAUGGGAUUCUCCAUGGCUCUGGGCCUGCUGCUGCCGGACUGGGUGGCCAAGAACGUCAACUCCAUCAAUACAGGAAAAAAAGAAUUUGACCAGGUCAUCGUCACUCUGCUGUCCACCCCUAUGUUUGUGUCCAGUUUUGUUGGCUGCACCCUUGAUAAUCUAGCUCCAGGUACGCCAGAAAUACGAGGCCUCUCCAGAAGGCAAGACAGGUCAUCAGGAAUAGUACGUGAAGAUGUGUGUACAGAUGACCCCUACAAGCUGCCAUACAUCUCCUCGCUCCUCAGCAGGCUACGCUGUUGUGUUUUCCUCCCCAUAUCUCCCUCAUAUGACCCUGACAUCUCUUGCAGACCUUGUCAGAGGAGGGAACGGAAUCCCUCCCAGUCUGCAGCUGACAACCCCGUGGUGUUGACUGGCUUGGAUGCGGGUACCGAGGACCGAGUGUUAUAGGAGGAACAGACUACCUGACUUGCCAGUGUGUAUCAACUACGGUUAUAACGAAUUCAAAGGGACCACUAUAGGGGAACAGAGUACAUGACUUGCCAGUGUGUAUCAACUACGGUUAUAAGGAACUCACAGGGAUCACUAUAGGGGAACAGAGUACCUGACUUGCCAGUGUGUAUCAACUACGGUUAUAAGGAAC